GGCACAAGCGGCAGCAGCCAUGGGAAGGUCGUCUAAGGACAAGCGAGACAUCUACUACCGGAAGGCGAAAGAGGAAGGCUGGCGCGCCCGCAGCGCUUUCAAGCUCAUGCAGAUAGACGAAGAGUUCAACGUCCUCUCUGGUGUACAGAAGGUCGUUGAUCUUUGUGCUGCCCCAGGUAGCUGGAGCCAGGUGCUCAGUAAACGACUCAGAGGAGAGGGGAAACAGAAGAGAGAUGAUGUGAAGAUCGUAGCCGUUGACCUCCAGGCCAUGGCACCCAUCCCAGGGGUCAUACAGAUCCAGGGCGACAUCACCAAGGUAUCCACAGCCCAGGAGAUCAUCGGGCACUUCUCAGGUGAGCAGGCAGACCUGGUGGUGUGUGAUGGAGCACCCGAUGUGACUGGUCUACAUGACAUCGAUGAGUACAUCCAGGCACAACUUCUACUGGCUGCCCUCAACAUCACAACUCAUGUGCUGAAGAAAGGAGGUGGUUUUGUUGCAAAGAUAUUCCGAGGAAAGGACAUCACCCUACUUUAUUCCCAGCUGAAGAUUUUCUUCCCAGACGUAACCGUCGCCAAGCCUCGGAGCAGCCGCAACUCAAGCAUAGAGUCGUUUGUUGUCUGCCGAGGCUACUCCCCUCCCGAGGGAUACACACCCAACAUGAUGAACCCACUACUGGACCAUCAUUAUGAUGUUGACUUCAACAGCCUUGAGGGAGUAAAUCGUGUGAUCGUUCCGUUCCUGGCCUGUGGGGACCUCAGCGGUUAUGAUGCAGACAUGACAUAUCCACUACAGCUCCCAGAGGGAGAGGCGUACGUCCAGUUGCCCCCCACCCAGGGGCCUAUCUCCCCACCCUACCAGCACGCGUGCCAACUCAAGCGGCAGGACCAACUCAGUAAACCAGUCUCUGCUCACAAUACAGACAGUACUGACAGCAGAGAAACAGUUGCAGAUACUGAAAAAGGCAGAGUAGAGCCACAGGGUGCAGAGGGAGGUCACUCAGAGGAGGAUGUCACUGUUACAGACUUGGAGAAAUUACAGUUAUAGCUAUUGUAAGGGGGGGGGGG